GCAGUUUCCUUAACCUUCUCUACGUUAUAAUACUUGGGGGAGGUGUCCUUCUGUUCCCUAUCUCAACUACCCGACUUGUUCUGGAGCCUGGAGACAUCGGGAGUUCAAACGAGGAGACUUAUAGAUCGUUAAUAUAUAUAAAAAAAAGAAAUAGAUAUCCAAGGAGAAGCCUUUCGGACCCGUUAGUUCCCCGAAAAUACGCGGGAUGUGGAGGGACGUGUUUCGUGGCGUUUUAGGAUCUUGAGAAGAUGAGGGGACCGCAGCCAGAAAGUUUUUGGGCGCGGUGUGUCCCGUUGGAAAGUACUGUUGGCCAGCACUGGAGCUCCCAUUUCUUGCCCAGGUGUGGGUGCGCAGCGCGUGCGUGACUCGCCGGAGAGACCGCCCAGCCCGUGACCAGCAUCUGUGUUAAAGCGGACCUGUGAGCAGGUUCACACGCCGCCCGGCAGGGUGGGACGUCCUGACAAAUGGAGAAUUAUUUCCAGGCAGAGGCCUUUAACCUUGACAAGGUGCUGGAUGAGUUCGAACAGAAUGAAGAUGAAACGGACCCCCCCGCGGUGUCGGAUACAAAGUGGACUCAGAUUUUAACCCCGUCUCCUCACCUGCUUUCCCUGAAUCCCGCCUUGGCCUGCCCAGGAGGGAACACCAGCGAUGGCCAGCUGCCCCUCCCCGAGAAUCCCACGGCGAGCCGGGAGGGAACGCAAGGGGACUGCUGCGCUAACGGGAGCCAGGACCCCCAGACUCCCGAGGCCGCGGCCUCGGCGAUCCAGGACCGGCGGUCCGGGGAGCAGUUCGGCUCCCUCGGCCGGAAUGGGGACUCCGGCCCGCACCCGCCGCCGUCGCGGCGAAAUGUGGACGGAAACGCAGGGGGCGGAGAUGGGCAGCUUUCAGCCGGCGCGGGUGACGGCAGGACAUUGCUGAGCAAAGACGUUUGGAGCCGUCCGGCAGUCUGUGGCAAGGAAAACACGGCUCUGGACAACGGCGGUCCGGCCGUACCGGACGUCAACGGAUGCGCGGAGGGAGUCCUCUGUGAUCGGCCUCCGUUUGAGGCCGGCUCUCCCGACUGGAAUGGGAUUAUCGCCGUGAAUUGCUCGAGCGCGACCCAGGAAGGGGGUUCCGUUAAGAAGGAUAGGGAUUGUGCGUUCCUCGGCACGUUUGCCGAGGGGAAAGAGAAGGACGGUUUGGUUGCGGCAAACGAAUGCACUUUCAAGGACCCGACAGGCAGGACUGCUUCACAGCCACCUGGGUGUGACGACGCGGCUAACGGCUCGCCAAAGGGAGAUCAGAACGCAGGCGGUCUCGGGUUCGAAGGGGGAACGGGACAUGCAGCUCUUGCUGAAGAAUUGGGUUGCGGCAACGGAGAAUCCGAUUCUCCGGACGAGUCGCUACUGGGAACGGCUCAGCCGGCAUCCGAAGCCCAUGCUCACUCGGGAGGGGUCAUGUGUGACGUAUCGAUGGGUCUAGACGAAUCUCCACAGGAGGAGGGGAAUCAACCCUCGCGGCCCCAGGUUUCCUCGACUGGGGAACUGAAGAAGAUGGAGGAGAGACUCGGGCCGGGACAGUCCUCCGCCUCCUCCAACGGAGAAAAGGAUCUCGAGUGUGCUUUCUCGUCCGAGUCCCCUUCCACCGUUUCCUUCCUUCCCAAUGGCCUGGAUGGGGAGGGCUUGGGCAAAGACCAGGACGAUGAGUCUUCCCAGCCUCUGCCCUCUAAAGAGGACUCUGUGACCGAGGAGAAGGAGGUGGAGGAGAGCAAGAUGGAAUGCUACGAGCAGACGAGAGGCUUGGAGGCCGGGCAGGGGAAUACUGGAGCUUCUCCCGCAGUGCAGAAGCUGAACAACAGCAGCGUGCAGCCCGUCAGCAUCCCCUACGGAGGGGCUCGGCCCAAGCAACCGGUCAGUCUGAAGCUGCAGAUCCCGCGGCCGCUGUCGGGCCAGGUGCAGAACGAGCUCGGUCCGCACGGCAAGAACAAAAACCUGGAGCCGCAGGGCCGGCCCUGUGCUGGAGACCUGUCCUGUGCCAACGGCUACAGCGAGGAGGCAGGGACAACGGGGGUGAACGGCGAGAACGAGGGGGCGUUCGACUCCGGGGCGUCACUCGCUCCGCCGGGGCUGCUGCUGCCUGCGGAGAGCCCCGAUAACGACCUCCAGGCGGGGCACCUUGGGCAGCUUUCGAAAAAAACGUUCACCGCCCUCGGAGAGGUGGCCCCGGUGUGGGUCCCAGAUUCCCAGGCGCCGAUCUGCAUGAAAUGCGAGGUCAAGUUCACUUUCACCAAGAGGAGGCACCACUGCCGGGCUUGUGGCAAGGUGUUCUGCGCGGCGUGCUGCAGCCUGAAGUGCAGGCUGGUGUACAUGGACAGGAAGGAAGCCCGCGUCUGUGUCACCUGUCACUCGGUGCUGAUGAAUGUUCAAGCCUGGGAGAGCAUGGUGAGCACCUGUAACCAGAGCCCCAACCCCAACAAUCCUGCAGAAUACUGUUCCACUAUUCCUCCGCUGCAGCAGGCUCAGGCUUCUGGGGCUCUCAGCUCGCCCCCUCCCACCGUCAUGGUGCCUGUGGGUGUCCUGAAGCAUCCUGGGACUGAAGGCUCGCUCCCCAGGGAACAGAGGAGGGUUUGGUUUGCGGAUGGGAUCCUCCCGAAUGGAGAGGUAGCCGACUCGUCAAAGGUGGCAGUGAGUGGGGCAGCCCCUUCAGGACCCCUGACGGUGUCACAUGACUCUUGCAAGCCCCCAGCAGCCAAUCCCUGCGCUUCAGAGGCCGCCUCGCCAGCGCGGGCCGCCGCCGCCCCCCCUGUGGGCAGCCCCGUGGGCAGCUCGGUGAACCUGAUCCCCGAGGACGGCCUCCCUCCCAUCCUCAUCUCCACCGGCGUCAAAGGAGGUACGGGGAGCCAGCUCACAGACUACGCGGUGGAGGAGCGGCCCUCGGAGAUCGCGGUGAUGCAGCAGCUGGAGGAGGGCGGCCCCGACCCGCUGGUCUUCGUUCUCAACGCCAACCUGCUGGCCAUGGUCAAGCUGGUCAACUACGUGAACAGGAAGUGCUGGUGCGUGACGACGAAGGGGAUGCACGCGGUGGGCCAGGCCGAGGCGGUGGUGCUGCUGCAGUGUCUCCCCGACGAGAAGAGCAUCCCCAAGGACGUCUUCAGCCACUUCGUCCAGCUCUACCAGGACGCGCUGGCAGGGAACGUAGUGAGCAACCUGGGUCACUCCUUCUUCACGCAGAGUUUCCUGGGCAGCAAGGAGCACGGCGGAUUUCUCUACAUCAGCCCCACCUUCCAGUCCCUGCAGGACCUGCUCCUGCCCAACCCUCCCUACCUCUUCGGCAUCCUCAUCCAGAAGUGGGAGACCCCCUGGGCCAAGGUCUUCCCCAUUCGCCUCAUGCUGCGGCUGGGAGCAGAGUACCAAUUCUAUCCCUGCCCCCUGUUCAGCGUGCGCUUCCGGAAGCCUCUGUUCGGGGAGACCGGCCACACCAUCAUGAACCUGCUGGCGGAUUUCCGGAAUUACCAGUACACAUUGCCAGUGGUAAAUGGGCUGAUGGUGGACAUGGAAGUGAGAAAGACCUGCAUUAAGAUUCCCAGCAAUAGGUACAAUGAGCUUAUGAAGGCGAUGAACAAGUCCAACGAGCACGUGCUGGCCAUGGGAGCCUGCUUCAACGAAAGGGCAGACUCUCACCUGGUGUGCGUGCAGAACGACGAUGGGAACUAUCAGACUCAGGCCAUCAGCAUCCACAACCAGCCUCGCAAAGUUACAGGAGCCUGUUUCUUUGUGUUCAGUGGUGCUUUGAAACCCUCCUCCGGAUACCUGGCCAAAUCCAGCAUCGUGGAAGAUGGCGUGAUGGUGCAGAUCACGGCUGAGACGAUGGAGGCCCUCCGCCAGGCGCUGCGGGAGAUGAAGGACUUCUCCUUCCCCUGCGGGAAGGCGGACCAGGAGGAGAGCCAGGAGCACGUCUCCGUGCAGUGGCUGGAGGACGACCGCAGCUUCAACAAGGGUGUCAUCAGCCCCAUCGAUGGCCGCUCCCUGGAGUCCAUCACCAGCGUCAAGAUCUUCCACGGGGCGGAGUACAAAGCCAGCGGGAAGGUUAUCCGCUGGACAGAGGCGUUCUUCCUCCAGAGCGACGAGCAGCCCAAUGGGCUGAGUGACCCCGCCGACCACAGCCGCCUGACUGAGAACGUCGCGCGGGCGUUCUGCGUGGCGCUGUGCCCCCACCUCAAGCUCCUCAAGGAGGACGGCAUGGCCAAGCUGGGCCUGCGCGUCACGCUGGACGCGGACCAGGUGGGGUACCAGGCUGGCAGCAACGGGCAGCCGCUCCUGCCUCAGUACAUGAACGACCUGGACAGCGCCCUGGUGCCGGUGAUCCACAGCGGCGCCUGCCAGCUCAGCGAGGGCCCAGUGGUCAUGGAGCUCAUCUUCUACAUCCUGGAGCAUAUCUCGUAGAGCGGGGUGCCCCCCCCCCCCCCCAAACCCACACCCUCUCCCCCGCUGCAUCCAGCUCGCCUCCUCUCAUUUGCACUUCAAAAAGAGCCUAAACGCUGUGCUGGGAAACCUUUCUCCAGACCUUCUAUGCACCAUAUCCAACUUCUGUACCCGGCCAGGGCAGCUCGGAAACAGGACGGAGACCCGCAGAUCCAACUUCGGCUUUUGUGGCGAACAGCACGGCCGGCCUUAUCGACCCAGUGGGCUUCCAUGUGUUACCUGUGUGUCCCUAGGAGGUUGUUUGCCUCUUCCGAAUGGUCUUGUGGGGCGUCGACACUCCUGGGCAGCGACUGCACUGUCCCCCGCCUCGCUUGGCGUGGAUUUCCGUGCGCGGCUCCGGUUGGCCCCGGUUGGCGUCUGCCGGCAGCUGGCUCUACCGCAGAGCGCCGGCACCCGUCGGGAGGACGUCUCAGGCCUGCGUCCAGACACCAGCCGCGCUCUUUCACAACUGGGCCUUUCCCAGAGGGCAGAGUUUACUUCCUUGAUCGGGACGGUUCUCCCGGUAACUCGGGUGCCCCGCGCUUGGGCUGUGAUACAUAGAGGAGAAGCAGCUUUUCUGACUUCUCGGCUUGACGAAAUUAACAGCGAGAUGCUUUGUUGCGUGGAAGAAACUUGUUGUUUUUUUUCCCACGUUUGGUGGAGUUUUUUUUUUAAAAAAAACGUGCCUGGUAGUUUCUUCCUAAUGCAAAUUAGCUUAACUGCGCUAAGUGGAAUGAGGGACAUUUGCUUUGGAAGUAUUCAGAUGUACAACGUGGAGUGAUUUUUAAAGUUGUGCGUUCCAUCCGCCUGAGGAUCUUGGUUCCUUGAGCUCCACUCAUAGGACUGGAAAAUGUCACUGGCUGAUAGCUGCCAGUUAUUGGAAGCCAGUCUCUCAUCUUUAUCAGAGGUUCACUGAAAAGGCUUAGUGGUAUAGCUGGCAAAGACCCAGUUGUGAAUGGACAUUAGCGUCUAGGUUCAUCUCAUGAUCAAUCAGCUCUUCAUCUUGUAGUAUUUAAAAAAAAACAAACCUUUUGACCAGUUAGUUGGUUUCAGCACUUAACCAUAAAAUAUGAAUUGUUUGCAAAUGGACAAGUUCUGUUAAGAUAUAUAUAUAUAUGUAAAAAUUAAAAGAUGCAAUGUAAUUUAUGGAUCCUGAGCCAUUGAACAAAUGAAAAAAAAAGUGGUGAAGAAGAUUCAUGUUCUGAAAUGCGUAACAAAGACUGCAGAGAUGUCAAUGUAAAGAAUUGGCAGCAGAGCCUGAACAGACAGGGUUGAAACUUGCAGGCUGAAGGAGAUUCAAGGGGGGAAAAAGCACUGGUCUACCUGUUACACCGCUUACACUGUUUCACACCGUGUCCUCCACAGACUGCAAACCGAGACGUCAUUAUUCUGAGAUGGGCGCUUUCUUCUGAUCUACCAAAAAAACGUCGCACUGCCAGCUUCUGUAUCCUGCUUUUCCCACUGGCACAGCCUGUCCCAGAUUAAUGGCUCUUCUUGCUACUGAACGACACAAGGGCAGUUACCCGAUAUUCCCAGCCCGCUUGAGACUGCUGGAAGUUCACGGCGGAGCUGUGUUUUUCUGCAGAGCUCUAGCAAGGUUUGCUGUUCUGGGAGGAAAACGAGAUGGGUCCAGAUAUUGCACUUUGAGGAUGGUCUUGAUAGGUGUUGCGGAGAUGGGGAACUGGAAGAGAGAAGACAUGUCUCCGCGGUCAUGGAGAGUUUUUAUUUUUCCUCAGCUCUGUAGGAGGCUAGGCCUAACCCUUACUGAAUACACUGACGGCAAAGCCUUCUGUCAGACGCGAGACGACGUCAUAGAAAACUUCAUUCACAGGCUCUUUUGUGCAGGAAAAGAAACUUCUUUGACGCGACACCGUUUUAAAACUAGCCUUCCAACCCCCUCUCGUUCUUUCAGUGUUAAAGAAAGAAAAGUGUGCGUCAACACCUGCGUUAGCUUUCCAUCAACGCCCCUUUCCUUACGUAAUGUGACGGCACUUAUCAUAAGUGAUUUCAUUCUCGCCUGCUGGGAGCCGAUGCAAUUUUCAAGAACUUUCAAACGUUGGUCAGUAAACACUGGCUUCAUCUCAAAGAGGGCGACCCCGGCGGACUUGGGGAAUCUGUAUCGGCCAAAGACUUCCAUCGGGAGUUGUAUGCGGGACGGGCGACGGAGUGGGGUUUAUUAACACUAAUGAACACAGCAGUUGUGCAGGUGUGGCAGCUUGUGUUCCUCCAGCAUUGAAAUCUGUAGCACUUCAGUGGACGUUUCUCUAAAACAGUCAUCAAGCUGACAAAAAAAAAAAAUCAGUCCCAACACUGUCCGAAACACUGGCAUC